AUGGAAUUCGUAAACGAAAUCACGUAUUCGCUUUCCCACUGGGAGUGGAACUUUGCUCCCGGCUGGCAAAGUGUGGCAGCUUCGGUGUUGCUUGCGGCUGGAGGCUGGUUUGUUGUCUCCAGAGCCUGGACUUUUGCUAGGGUCCUUGCCAGUUUAUUCAUUCUACCCGGGAAGUCGCUUCGCUCAUUCGGCCCCAAGGGUAGCUGGGCGAUUGUUACAGGUGCAUCCGAUGGGCUGGGCAAGGAAUACGCGCUCCAGCUCGCUCGUGCUGGGUUCAACAUCGUCCUUGUUUCGCGAACGGCCUCCAAGCUUACCACCCUGACCGAUGAAAUCACCUCGAAAUACCCCUCCGUGCAGACCAAGAUGCUGGCGAUGGACUUUGCUCUCAAUGAGGAUCAGGACUACGAGAAGCUCAAGGAGCUAGCGGAUGAGCUAGAUGUCGCUAUUCUGGUCAACAACGUUGGAAAGAGUCACAGCAUCCCGGUCCCUUUUGCCCUGACUCCCGAGGACGAGAUGGCGGACAUAAUCACAAUCAACUGCACGGGUACUCUGCGGGUUACGCAACUGGUCGUCCCCGGGAUGAUCCAGCGCAAGCGUGGACUGAUCCUGACCAUGGGAUCUUUCGGUGGUCUCGUCCCCACCCCGCUUCUUGCUACCUACUCCGGAAGCAAAGCUUUCUUGCAGCAGUGGUCGACAGCGCUUGGCUCUGAACUCCAGCCGCACGGCAUCACUGUGGAGCUGGUGCAGGCAUACCUCAUUACCUCUGCCAUGUCCAAGAUUCGCAAGACGAGUGCCUUGAUCCCCAACCCGCGCUCGUUCGUGCAGGCGACGCUGUCCAAGAUCGGUAACAAUGGCGGUUCCCCAACCUAUGCGUACAGCUCGUCCCCUUACUGGAGUCACGGAUUGGUGGCAUACCUUGCUACGUGCGUUAUCAGCCCUAUGAGCAAGUUUCUCGCAAACCAGAACAAGGGUAUGCAUGAGUCAAUCCGGAAGCGGGCCCUUCGCAAGGCGGAGCGUGAGAAUGCAAAGAAGAGCACUUAAAAAAAAAAGAUGCUAGGAUGUGUAGUCCUGUUGGACAAUUCCAUGUUGGAUGUUUGUAGGAGGUGAAGCGAUAUGUGAAAGAUGUAUGGGAAAUGCGAAACGUUACGUCACGGACGCUGGACUCUUUCUAAUGGAUGCCAGGCCGCUAACCUGGGAAAGUGAUAUAUUAUUUUAAUCCGAUUCAUUAUAGAAAACUUGAAACCACGGUUGUAUAUUAAUGACGCAGUGGUUAACUAGUUAUCCAAGGUUGUGGCAAAACUGGCAAUAAUAAUGGAAAUCAUCACCCACUGCGUUUCUCUUCACGGGUAGACAAGUAGACUAGCCAGUGUCAUAACGGCCGGCUCGUUGUAUAUACCCAAGUGGUGAACCAGCAAUGCAAAGACUUCGAGUUUUGGAAAGGAUAUGCCUCGC